CAAAGCUGGCCCAUAUUUUGAGCCCUAUUAUGAAAGUGUAGAAGUAAAAAACCCUAAUUUGCUUGCUAUCAUAAAUCGCAGGUGUAGCGGCAAAGAGUGAAGGAGGUUCGUUCCGAGACCCGAAGCAGCAAUGGGGAUCGAUCUGAAAGCCGGAGGUAAAAGCAAAAAGACGAAAAGAACAGCACCAAAGUCCAAUGAUAUCUAUCUCAAGCUUUUGGUUAAGCUUUAUCGCUUCCUUGUCCGGAGAACUGGCAGCAAUUUCAAUUCUGUUAUACUCAAGCGAUUGUUCAUGAGCAAGGUUAACAAGGCCCCACUUUCUUUGUCAAGGUUGAUUAAGUAUACCAAGGGAAAGGAAAAUAAGAUUGCUGUUGUGGUGGGGACUGUAACUGAUGAUAUCCGUGUUUAUGAAGUUCCACCCUUGAAAGUUACAGCACUCAGGUUUACAGAGACUGCUCGUGCAAGAAUUGAAAAGGCUGGCGGUGAAUGUUUGACAUUUGAUCAGUUGGCUCUUAGGGCACCUCUUGGACAGAACACGGUCCUUCUUAGAGGCCCAAAGAAUGCUCGUGAAGCUGUGAAGCACUUUGGUCCGGCUCCUGGUGUUCCUCACAGCCACACCAAACCUUAUGUUCGAUCUAAGGGAAGGAAGUUCGAGAGGGCUAGAGGAAGGAGGAACAGCCGAGGAUUUAGGGUGUGAUGUGAUAGCAGUGUUUAAUUCUACGCUGGUAUUAUUACCUCUGGGAUGCAAAUUUUUCUUAUAUUUUAGACUGUUGAUUGAGGCAGUUUUCUUGUUAUUUGUAUUCUGAUAAUGAUUUGAGUACGAAGUUUUCAUUUUUGGCU